CCCAAUGCGCAUCCAAAAUUGGCCGAAUCGAAAAGAUCCAAAACCCGAAAUAGUGUUUUCUGAACCCGAUUCCAUCUGCCGGUUUGCCAUCUAUAGACGCAGCAGCUCCAUGUCAUAGCCAUACGGCGACGUUUUCUUCUCAUGCUUUUUCUUCGUCUCCUUCCUCUUUCUUCGUGCGCCUCUGCUGGAAUCCGCAUAAACCUUAGCGCAAUUAAUUUGUGCUAUGGCAGAUAUCAAGUGAAUUUACCUAAUUGGUACAUGCAAUGCAUGUAUUUAGCACUCAGCCUUAAAAUCUCAGAUGGAUCAGUGGAUUGAUGCACUCGCACUGUAUGAACAUAUUCAACAAAAUGAUUUUUCAUAUAGAAAGCACAGGAAGCAAAAGGAAGAGGACAUUGCUAUCUGUGAAUGCAGAUUUGAUGCGAGUGAUCCUGAGAGUGCAUGUGGAGAAAGGUGCUUGAAUGUUCUGACUAGCACAGAGUGUACCCCUGGUUAUUGCCGUUGUGGUAUUUUUUGUAAGAAUCAGAGAUUCCAGAAAUGCGAGUAUUUUAAAACAAGGUUAUUUAAAACUGAAGGCCGUGGAUGGGGUCUUCUUGCUGAUGAGGACAUCAAGGCUGGACAGUUUAUUAUUGAGUAUUGUGGAGAAGUAAUAUCAUGGAAAGAAGCAAAGCGAAGAUCCCAAGCAUAUGAACGUCAAGGUCUCAAAGAUGCAUUUAUCAUUUCACUCAACUCCUCUGAAUCCAUUGAUGCGACUAGAAAGGGCAGCCUAGCUAGAUUUAUUAAUCAUUCAUGCCAGCCUAAUUGUGAGACGAGAAAGUGGAAUGUUUUGGGAGAAAUAAGAGUUGGAAUAUUUGCGAAGCAGGAUAUUUCCAUUGGAACUGAACUGGCAUAUGAUUAUAAUUUCGAAUGGUAUGGUGGUGCUAAGGUUCGCUGCCUCUGUGGUUCAGCCAGCUGUUCCGGUUUUCUGGGGGCAAAAUCUCGUGGUUUCCAGGAGGAUACUUACCUAUGGGAAGAUGAUGAUGACAGAUAUUCUGUCGAAAAAAUUCCACUGUAUGAUUCUGCAGAAGAUGAGCCUUCUUCCAAGCUCCUAAAAACUAUGAACUCCAAUUUUGAGGAUGAAAUUGGCAGGAGUGCUGAAUACCCUACAAUGAUGAAUUUUAGUGUGGGACCUGAACACCAUGUGGAAUGUGCUGCUCUUACAAUAAAGCCAGUUGAUUCAAUUCCAAUAGAAGGUGCUGCUAUGAAUCCAGUAAAAACUGAGGCAAGUGAAGAGAUUAGUUUGUAUUCUCAAGAUUCUGAACAGAACUUUGUUCAAAAGAGCACAGUAAUCUCUCUAAUUGAAGGUAGUAGUGGUUGUGGAAAUUGUCACACAGGACGAGGCCCUGUGUCAAAGAAACUUUCAAAGCAUUCUUCUAAUGGAAAAUUAAAACAUCUACCCCAAAAGCAAGUUGAUGUAAAACAUUUUGCGAAUCUCUUAGCAGUAAAAGAAGCACAGGAUGAAGUGCUCACAUAUGAGGAAAGGAAGAAUGAGGCAGCCUCCCAGCUUUCUUCCUUGUACAAUCAAAUACGGCCUGCAAUUGAGGAGCAUGAGAGGGAUAACCAGGAUAGUGUAGCUACCAGUGUAGCUGAGAAAUGGAUAGAAGUAUGCUGUCUAAAGUUGAAGGCAGAAUUUGACCUUUAUUCAUCCAUUAUUAAAAAUGUUGCAUGCACUCCUCGCCGAGCACCUGAACUGCCACAACCUCCUGAAAUAGGGGAAAAUGAUAAUGAGGUGAAGUACCUAGGACUUUAAAUAUUUGGAGUCAUAUGAUUAGUUGAAGAGAGAAGAUUCUCUUCACUCUCUCUAUGGUCUUGCUCUGCAAAAACUUUGAUAUACUAACAUUCAAUUUUUUUUUCAACCUUAUUUUUAAUUAUUAUUAUAAUUAUAUGAGCCAAAGUUACUUGA